UUUAUUUCCCUCCUUUUUCUGGGCCUUCUUAGUAUGGCCUAAGAAUUAAAAGCAAAUCACGCUUAAUUAUCCAAUAUAAGGACCGACAUAAAACUCUUAAACACAAAAUACAAGCACAAUUAGAUUAGAGAGAGAGCCCUGCCUGAGAUGAUCGUCGGAUAUCAAUUUUCUCUCUACAAUUGAAAAGGGAAAGCAGUGGAAAACGUAAGGUUUUGGCUUGUAUCAUGAAAUUAAAAAAAGGAAGUAAACUGAGAAUCCUGAACAAAAAGAAGGUGCCUUUGGGAUCACAAGGUCCUAUGGAGGCAAUACAAGGCAGUGGCCCCAACUUUAUGGCUAGACAUGUUAAAUCUAAGGGUGGCAGCAACCACGUCAUGGUGGAGCAGGCGUCUCACAAGGUCAUCAUGCCCUGCCACCCUCAAUUAGAAGUUUCAGAGGCUUGGGCUCCUGGUGACGUUGUAGAGGUGUUUGACAACAACUCAUGGAAAAUGGCCACAGUCUCUGAGGUUUUGGGGAAAAUGUACAUUCUGGUCAGAUUACUAGGAUCCUCUCAGGAGUUUAAAGUCAGAAAAUCUGAUAUCCGGGUUAGGCAAUCAUGGAAAGAUGAUGAUGAUGCACGGGUUACAGUUGGAAAGGUAGAUAAAAAUUGUACUAGAGGGAAACUCCAUACCAAUCUACUUUUAGACCACAGUCAAAAUUCAACCUAUCAAGUUCAGAAGACAAACUCGAGGACAACUCUGCCGAGAAAAGACGACUACUUUGCUAUUAGGAACAAAAAUUUUCAAGAUAGCCACAAGGUGAGAAUUCUGAAGAGAUCAACCAAUUGCACGUCUGAAGCAUUUUAUGAAGCUAGUCAUAAAGUUAGAUUGAUUGAGAAAGAGGGCAGAUAUGUUAAGGUGGUUGCUUCAAAUCCAACAGAGUUACCUGAACUGCAGGUAGGACCCGAUCCUGUUUCUUAUCCUAGAGAUUCUCUGGGUGAAAGACAUAGGCCUGCAUCUCUGAAUCACAGACUUGGUGGGCAUAUGGAAUUGGACGUCAAGGGUAAGGAACCCGUUAGUCUGGUUCGAGAAUCGAAUGAUGUAGAUAGCAUGAUGUGCUCUGUUGGUAGUUGCAGCAUCAGCUGUGACAACUCAAGUGAGAUGCCUUGUGAUGUUUCUGCUGGUGUGACUGAACAAAUUGCUGGCUACUUUGGUGAUAAUCAAUCACCUCGCCAUUUGGUAUACGAAGGACAUUCUCUCCCAACAAAAGAAGAGCUGGAAGCUGAAAUCCAUAGGUUAGAGUUACAAGCCUACCGUUGCACUAUCGAGGCAUUGCAUGCAUCGGGACCUUUGAGUUGGGAACAAGAAGUAUUGAUCACAAAUCUUCGACUUUCGCUUAACAUAUCAAAUGAUGAACAUUUAAUGCAGCUAAAAUAUUUGAUUUCUGCAGAUACCAGUAUUCCUAUUAAAUGAUUUGGAAAUAUAUUCUUUUGCUAUCUUACAUAUAUAUAAUUCUUCAGCUCUAUUCUCAUAGUGCUCUAGAAUAGUCAUUUCUGAUAUAAAUGUACAAACUUAGCCAACAAUUGAAUCUGUUUAUGCUCAUUAGUUCAGUUGAGUUUUGUGCUUUA